AUGACAAUCCAUACUGAGCUCCCUCCAUGCUGUUUAAGGAUUCACCCAGAAAAAGAUAUCACUGUGAUUGGAACAUAUAAGCUAGAGAAGGAUACGGGACACCGACAUGGGUCUUUGGACGUUUACGCUUCAGGAAAGGGAGGUUGGACAAGGUUGCUGUCUGUCGCCACGGAGCUGGCCGUGCUUGACUUGAAAGUAAGCCCAAAAGAUCCCUCGGUGUGGGUACUGGCCCAUUCGACAGGGAACAUCAUGGUGUGGAAGUUUGACGAAGACAACAACAGUUUACAGUUGCAAGAGAACCUACGGCUUUAUGACGAGGGAGUUCUUGUGACUUCUGUAUUUUUCGAUCCUGCAAACCCAGAACAAAUUCUUGCAACGCUAACCUCGGGUGAAGCAGCCAUUGUGAACUUGCAAGACAGCUCGAGCCACCAAUUGGACACUCAGCACCUGUUGGAGUGCUGGACUGGCGCUUUUAGCGAGGCUGCACCGGCGGCAAACGUUGUCUUCACAGGGGGCGACGACGCCAAACUCAUAGCACACGAUCUUCGUACCAACUCGAAGAUAUGGGCCACCUCGGCCCGUCACCACGACGCCGGCGUGGUUCUGAUCUUGUGCCCGAACACACUGUGGCUUCUGCACCAGCCAAAUCAGCUCUGGACAGGUUCUUAUGACGACCACUUGCGAGUGUUUGACUUGAGGAAACUAGAUACAGAUGAUGGCCCAUGUUUGUUUCCUAGUUUAUUGCCGCAAGAGCUCCACAAGGUGAACUUAAACGGAGGAGUCUGGAGACUUAUACCGGCUCCAAAGAGUGCUAGCACUCCUCAAGACUCAGUCUUGGCUUGCUGCAUGUACCAAGGCGCCUAUAUAGUGCUGCCUGAAGGCGACAAGCCAGUAGCUAAACAAUUUUUCGAGGGCCAGCACGACAGUAUGGUCUAUGGCGGCGACUGGGCGUCUCUGGGUGAAUACGUAGUGACGUGCUCUUUUUAUGACAAUGUCGUCGAGCAAUGGCUGCCCAGCUUCUAA